AUGAAAUACCUUGUUUUGUUAUGUUUGGUGGUCGCUGUUAGUGCCCAAAAUGCACACCUGUCAGCAGCACAGAAGGAAAGAGUCGCAAAAUUUACAAUCGAGUGUAUGAAAGAGACAGGUGUCAAAAAGGAGGUUUUAGCUGAAGCGAAAAAAGGAAACUUGAGCGACGACGAAGGAUUGAAAAAGUUCUUUUUGUGCUUCUUCAAAAAGGCCGAUAUAAUUUCACCAAAUGGUCAAUUAAAUAUGGAUGUGGCCUUAGCCAAGCUCCCUCCAGGCAUAGACAAGGCUUCCGCUGCGAAAAUCCUGAACCAGUGCAAGAGCAAAUCUGGCAAAGACCAGGCAGAAACAGCCUUCAACAUCUUGAAAUGUUACUACUCUGGCACCAAGCAACACAUUAUUUUCGAUUAA